AUGGCUUUGCUCUUGAUCUGGUCUACUGACGUCACUUCUCUGCCGACAGAAGUCCAGACCAUCCAGACCAAUAUCGAUCUCAUCAAGCGAUACUCUUCUUCUGAUUCUCAGUAUCCAGACCUCGAGAAACGACGUGGUGGUGGUGGCGGUGGUCGUGGAAGUUCCAGCAGCAGUGGAGGUAGCAGUGGAGGACGUUCCGGUAGCUCUUCUGGAAGCUCUUCUGGAUCGAGUGGCUCAAGUCGAGGUGGCUCAAGUGGCAGCUCUUCCAGUAGCUCUUCCGGAUCCAGUGGUUCAAGUCGAGGUGGCUCAAGUGGAUCAUCAUCCGGCAGCGUCUCUACACCCAAGUACGGUGGUGGAAGGUAUGAAGACAAUUAUCUCGGCUACACCAACCCCAGUUCCAGGAAUGGAAUUUCUGGUGGUGUAAAAGCCGACAGAUACUCCGUUAGUCAAUCAAUUUCUCACCCUGGCAGCAGAUAUUAUGCAGGCGGUUCCACAAGCUCCUACAGAUCAGGAUUGAAAUCACCUCUCGGCCUCACUCCUUUCUUACUUCCAGUCGUAGCACUUGGUUUCUUCCCCGGCCUGUGGCUUUACUCGGCCUAUGCAUAUCCCUAUAAUCAUCCUUAUUACUAUUACAACGAUGCUACACAAAAGAACGAAUCAUACCCGGUGACUUGUCUGUGCGAAGAGUAUCAGGAGUGCAGUUGUGACGACAACAACAACAGCACAUACUACGACUCUCUCUUCAACGGCACUAGGCCCCAAAACACAAGCAAUGUGCGCGUGGUCCACGUGAAUGGCACCGAGAAUAUCUAUAUCAACGGAACUUUGGACAAUACCACUGACACAUCGAAGUCAACUUCAUCCGGAGUACAGUCGCUUUUGUUGAAUGCUAGUGGAUACUGGCUGACUGUGUUUGUGGUUUGUGUUGCUGUGUGGGGACUUUAA